CCACGUGUGCUGGAGUGAAGCAGGAAGUGACUGCGGGAGUGGAGCCCAGCGAGCGAGUGGCACGGGGGCUGAUGGAAGUGGAGAGGGGGCUGGAGAGGGCAACCUAGCCACCAUGAACACCCACAACUCCCUUCGGUUUGAUUUUGCUGGUUGGCAAAUGAGGAUUGUGUCUUUUUACCAGUAGCUGUGAAAAGGCACUUGAGCUGGAUCCAGCAUGCUCCAAGGCUACAGCUCCGUGUCCCAGGCCUUGCUGGGGACCUUCUUCACCUGGGCAAUGACAGCAGCCGGAGCAGCCCUGGUGUUCAUAUUCUCCAGCGGGCAGAGGCGGAUCUUAGACGGAAGCCUGGGCUUUGCCGCAGGGGUCAUGUUAGCGGCUUCCUAUUGGUCUCUGCUCGCUCCAGCGGUUGAGAUGGCCACGUCCUCUGGGGGCUUUGGUGCCUUUGCCUUCUUCCCAGUGGCUGUUGGCUUCACCCUGGGGGCCGCCUUUGUCUACCUGGCUGACCUCCUGAUGCCUCACCUGGGUGCUGCAGAAGACCCCCAGACGGCCCUGGCGCUGAACCUGGACCCCGCAUUGAUGAAGAAGUCUGAUCCCAGGGACCCCACCGGGCUGCUCUUCCCAGAGAGCGAACUUUCCAUCCGGAUAGGUAGCACUGGGCUUCUUUCAGACAAGCGUGAGAAUGGUGAGGUCUACCAGAGGAAGAAGGUGGCAGCGACUGACCUCCCAGAGGGCACGGGCCCCUCGGGACCUGUGCACGGGAGCUCGGGGCAGCCUGCGGAGAGUAGCUGGAGGAGGAUUGCUCUGCUCAUCCUGGCCAUCACCAUACACAACAUUCCUGAGGGUCUUGCUGUUGGUGUAGGAUUUGGAGCAGUAGAAAAGACCGCAUCUGCCACCUUCGAGAGUGCCAGGAAUCUGGCCAUUGGAAUUGGGAUCCAAAAUUUCCCAGAGGGCCUGGCUGUCAGCCUUCCUCUGCGUGGAGCAGGCUUCUCUACGUGGAAAGCUUUCUGGUAUGGACAGCUGAGCGGCAUGGUGGAACCCUUGGCUGGGGUCUUUGGUGCGUUUGCGGUGGUGCUGGCUGAGCCCAUCCUGCCCUAUGCGCUGGCCUUCGCUGCGGGCGCCAUGGUCUACGUGGUCAUGGACGACAUCAUCCCGGAAGCCCAGAUCAGUGGCAAUGGGAAGCUGGCAUCCUGGGCCUCCAUCCUGGGAUUCGUGGUGAUGAUGUCCCUUGACGUGGGCCUCGGCUAGCUCUGACAAACCUUGGGACUCCGUGAAGGAAUGCACCGGGCUUCUGCAGGACCAUGAUGAGCCUCUCUUCACAUACACAACCCCGUUCCUUUCUCCCCUCCAUCUCCUUACCCCAGAUCAGCUCUGAUUACAUUUUGACUUUUCAUUUUGCUUUGGAGGGAGAAGCUGGUUUUCUUUGUAAUUUCAAGGUAUCCUAGAACUGUAGAUUUGUGUUUGGCCCACUGAGUGGAAGGUGUCUUUCUUCAGUGGGAUUGUCGAGGCUAACCCCUACUAGCCCACCUCCAGUCUCCCUCACUAGACCCAACUUCAACACCUCAGGGUCACCUCCAGAAGCCAGCUCCUGGGGUACAACUCCUGAGCAUGUUGGGCUAAGGUUUUAGAGCAGGUUGCCAGGGCCCAUGGCACUCCUUCUCCAUGGACCUUCUGUCCACCUAGAAUGCCUGGACAGAAGCAACAUGAACCCAGAAGCCAGCUCAAACAGGGUCUGCUUCCUCCAGGGAGGCAUGCACGGGAGGGCCCACACACCAAGAGCAAGAAGGCAGCUUGGCUCUCUCCUUUGUCCUAAGACAAAGAUUGGCACUGCUGAAGUUAGGGAAAUAUGGAAAUGAAGGUGACUGGUGAACACACAGCGCUCUGUGAGGAGCGCAAAAGCUCUCCGCUCUGAGUAGGUUUUAAACUGAGCCCCACGCCCUGCUCUUUGUAGAUGACAAGAGCAGGCACUUCAUAGCGGCUCCCAGAUCUCCUAACUAUUAAUCUUGAUGUGUUUACAGCCUUUGCUUUUCUGAGAGACUUGUGGAUUCGAGCAAAUGGCAAAUACUCAACCCUCUCACUGACUCACAGAGUUGCUUGAGUCAACUCGAGGGAAUGACAUUCAAAACCUUCUCUGCUGGCCACUUGGAAACUUAGAACCCAGAGCCCCUCAGCUUCAGCAGGCUUUGUGGGCAUCUGGCCAGCAGGCUUCUCAUAGGAAAUAAAAGGGGUGGGGGGUUAAGAAGAGGUAUUUUUUACAUUUCCUUUCUUAGAAAACUUACAAUUCUUAGGUGACCCUGAAGAAUGACUGGACCUAGACUACAUGCCGACCUAACUUACUCUAUCAUACAUGUAGCCCCACCACCCGCUCUCCCAACGCAUCUGAGCCCCGAGCCCUCCAUGGCCUAGAAGAGUGUGGGGGACUCAGAGAACAGGCUGUACCCGGGAUUUUGCCAGGCAUUUUGGGUACUGACUGGGUUAUCAGUAUCUGCCCUCUGUGUUUACAUGUCCCAUCUCUCCGAGGAUGGAUACUGUAGUCUGUGAAUCUUCAAAAGAUCCCAGAGGUCAACCUCGGCAGGGUGUGUCCGUUCUUCUGAAGCACUGGUGAUCAAAAUUGAAGACUUAUUCAGAGAUUCGAUGGGUUGAGGUUAGCUGGUUUGGUGAUUGGCACGUGUAUAUAUUUUUAGUCUUACGUCUCCGUGUGUAGUUCUGUUGCUGCAAAUCCUUUCUGCUGGAUAAGACCUUGUAACUGUGAUUAAUGUCAAUAAAGGGAAUUUUGUGGUGCA